CUCGCCGAGGCCGGAAGCGCCUCCAAAAUUCGAGUCUGACCGUCCGUCGGUCCGAGGCUGAAUGAGUGCUUCGGCUCGGGUCUCCUCGGGGCCCCGGUAGGGACUGCUGAAGUCUGCUCAGGGUUCACCGAGCAAUCACAGCCUGUGACAGGUCAAGCACUCCAACAGAAGAAUCCAGAGCACAGCAGAGUCCAGAGGGAAAACCAACAGCAACCUCCAGACCAUGUCCACCGCACCCUUACCACUAGAACCAACCCAGUCGACCGACGGAUCACAACUACAGGUCAAAGUCACCGAGCUGGACGACCAGCAUGCGGCAUUCAUCCUAGAAGGCAUCGAACUAGGACUGGCAAACUCGUUAAGACGGACGAUGAUCGCAGAUCUGACGACGAUCGCCAUCCAUUCGGUCGAGUUCGAAGAGAAUACGAGCGUGUUGCCUGAUGAAAUGAUUGCGCAUCGGCUCGGAUUAAUCCCCCUGAUCAGUGAGGAUCUUGAUAAAUACCUCAAAAAUUGGCAACGGGAUUGUACUUGUUUAUCGUAUUGUGACGACUGUUCGAUCGAAUUAGUCCUUUCAACUAAAUGCACCUUGGUCGGUGAUGUUCUGGCAGUCAAUUCGCACGACCUUGUCAUCACGCCCAGGGAGGAUGGGGCACAUCGAGGUGAUGUGGGUAAACCAUACCAAUUCACUAUGCCUGGUGGUGAACAACCAGGAGUCUUGAUUACCAAACUUCGCAAGGGCCAAGAAGUCCGUUUAAAAUGCCGAGCCAUCAAGGGAAUUGGUCAGGAACAUGCCAAAUGGUCACCUGUAUCGACUAUUGGGUUUGAGUACGAUCCAUACAAUCGCCUUGGGCAUACUGAUCUAUGGUUCGAAGUCGGCACCGACCCAAAAGCCGAAUGGCCUCUCACGAAAAACGCCAAAUAUGAGCGACCUCCGCUAGAUGACGAACCAGUGGAUUACACUAGUAAACCCUCGCGGUUCUAUUUCGAUGUUGAAUCUGCGGGAAGCCUUAAACCUGACGACAUCGUCAUCAAAGGAAUCGAAUCUCUGAUUGUCAAACUGGCAUCUGUCCAACAGGGCAUCCAAGCCGCAUUAGGUGAAGGUGGUGGUCUCAAUCCAGAUGGCCGGAACACUCCAUACAUGGGCACACCCUUUGGAGGAGCGGGUGGUGCUACUCCAGGCUCUCGGCCCGAUGGCACGUAUUCCACCUACGGAGGCGCCACGCCAAACGCGCGAAAUUUCUCCGACUGGGGUCCUCCCGCUGCACCACUCAAUCCUCCCGGUGGUCCUAGUACUAAUGGUUAUUCUGGCGGUUGGGAAUAAGGUCAACAACCCCUGUGUUCUUUUCAUUUUUUCCUCGCAAUCCAGUCUUCAUUAGCACCACACUGGAUUUGUACCCGUUUAUUUCCUUGUAACUCUUGGCACAAUCUUGCUUCUCAGGGUUGCCCAUCAUUUUUCUUUUUUUUUUUUUGGUAUAAUUUAAUCCUAUCCAAAAAAAAAAAAAAAAAAAACAGGCUGCUUGUCGUUGAUUUAACUAUGAGCUUUGCUGCAAACUAGUCUCAGCUUACAAGUCUGUUCCCAAAGUCUUGUCCUGCUCCAAACUGGAGGCUGUUUGUGACAUGUAUUUUGUCGGCAAAAAAAGUGGAUGUCAAGCUCGAGUCGCUUUAUCACCCGUGUGCAAGUG